UGGCGGCAGGUUGCAGCUUCAGGCGGGACAGUCGGAGCUCGGCCUGACGCGGGAUAACUAACGGCGAGCGAGAGUCUGUCGCGCCAACACCACCACCACAACCACCACAACCACUACAACAACCACUACAUUACUACUACUUCAACUACUCUUAACCACCACCCCUAGCUUCUAUCACCCACACCUCUUCCUCUCCACACUACUCUACACCCUCAACGCCCACACCUUGCGCCGUCCUCCGCCCCGCCUCCUCCUCCUCCUCCUUGGCUUCCAUUCACGGCACCGGACGAUUGCCUGCUGAGACCCACCACACGAAGCAGGACUCCCCGAGCACCAUGCGACUCCUGCUGCUGCUGGUGGUCUGCUGUGCCCUGCUGGUGCCCCCCGCCUCGGCCCGUCCUCCGCACAGACAGAAGCGCGUGAGUGAUCAGCGCUUGGCCGAGCUGGAGACGCUGCUGGCGCUCGCUAAGAUGAACCGCAAGUACGUGACGCUGCCGGUCGGCUUCGGACUCAUCGACGUCAAACAGAUCGGCCGCCGCAAGAGGUCAGUCCCCGCCGUGGAGGCCGACCAGGACCUGCUGCCCGAGGUGGACGAGUACGACCUCGGAGAGCUGCUCUCCGCGCUCACCAGCAAAACCGUGAACGAGGACAGCGGCCUCAUGGACACAGCCUACCCCGCCGAGGAGCUCAGCGUGCCGCAGGGCGUGAGGGAGGGGCGGCAGGGCGAGAGGAUGAAGAUCGCGGGGGCCCGGCCAGCCGCCCCCAGCCCCUCGCUGCUCUACGGCCUGAGGAGCCUGCCCCGCCGCAGGUAUAUCUAGAUCCCACGCACCUCUUCAGCCCUCAAGAUCUGCUGUCUUUGUAAAGGUCCGCGCGUCAAGUUCUUUCCUGUGUUUGUUGAAGUGGCGUCGUGUCGAGGGUUUUCCUGACAGUAAGUCGCUGGACGUGGGUCUGAGGAUAGCAUCGUCCCCGACUGUCUUGUUUUAUACGAGGAAAUUCACCCUUCGUGCGUCCCACACUGGCCGCCGCCGCGGACACCCGAGUGCUCAACGUGUUCUAGUCAACCCAGUGAUCAGGACCACGGCGGGGCUGUCCUGGCGGCGGGGCCCCGCGGCCCGGCUCGGGGCCCCGCCACGCCGGGGCCGGGCCGGGGCAGGGCUGCCCAGCUGCACACAGGCGUGGCUCCGAGGCUCGCCGCCAGCGGGUGGCGGAGGCAACGACGGAGUCACGUUGUCCCGCCGCCUGCCGGACGCGGCCUUGGCGGCGCGAUGACGCUGGCGCCACUUCUUGCUGGUCUUCUUCUUCUGUUCCUGUCUACUCGACGCUCGACGACAAGUCUUGUUAGUUGCUGCGCCACGUUUUUUUUAUUUUUUUAUUUGUAUUCACACCUUGUCCUCUUAUUUAUUUUAUUUCGUUUAGUCGAUGAGCUGAGGGAGCGAGGCAAUCUGAUGGAAUGUGAGUUUCGUGACGGGAUCGCUCAGUCUAGUCCACUCUCAAGUUAUGUUAAUCUUACGUACUUUACUGGACUCCUGUGUGAGUCGUCAUGUGAUUAUAUGUAAGUUUCCAGUAUUAGUUGUGAAUAAGUCAUGCGAUGUCAGGUAUACCAAAGCUAAGUGUGCGACUUGCAGUGCCAAUGCCGGCACUGUCAACUGUAGGAUUAGUGGACGGGGCGAAAGCCGCAGCUUGGGGGAAGGAGGAGCAGUGUGUGUGUGUGUGUGUGUGUGUGUGUGUGUGUGUGUGUGUGUGUACUAUUCUGAGGUGCAGGAGUCCAGCCCUGCCCCGCCCCACGCCCUGUGGCAGGCUGAGCAGCCCUCCCGUCCCGCCACCGCCGCCGCGGCCGCCGGGCCGCCGCGCGCUGAGGCUGGAAGUUGUUCGUGGAGCGUCCCUCGCUGUGACUGUGUGCCGCCCGCAGCGCCCUGGGGCCGAUAGCGUUAUCAUUAUUAUUAUUAUUACUAUUACUAUUAUUAUUAUUAUUAUUAUAUAGUGAUUAUCAGUAUCAAUGCCACUGUAUUAUUAUAGUUCACGUGGAGUGUUGAGGAGCGGCGUGAGGCACAGAAUUAUCACCUCCUGUCCCUCCUCAGCCCUAGCCAGACACGCUUCUCAGAACACUAUGAUUAGUGUUAGUGUUAUUAUUAUUAUUAUCAUUGUUAUUAUUAUUAUCGUUGUUAUUAUUAUUAUUAUUAUUAUUAUUAUUAUUAUUAUUAUUAUUAUUAUUAUUAUUAUUAUUAUUAUUAUUAUUAUUAUUAUUAUCGUCAUCAUCAUCAUCGUGAUUAAUAUCAUUUCUGUCCUUGUGAUCACUGUGUCAACGCCUCGUCACCGUUGGCGGCCGCGUCGCCGGUUCGCCGCGCCGCGGCCCGCGAGGGUUCGUUGCUGUGCGUCAGCGAUCGCGGCUGAAGGCUUUAGGUCGCUGCGAGGCAUCAGCUCCCUUGUCGAAACUUUGUUCACUUUAAUUGCUGGGCACUGAGCUUGUGAAGAUAUUUUAUUGAUAUUUUAAAAGUUCAUCAAUGAACAAAAUAAAUUCAACGAAUUUUAGAUGAUCCUUUUUCUUCUUUUGUUUUGGCUUGUGAGAAGAUUUUCUGAUGUGUUCGGCCUUGGCUUGGUGCAUGAGUUUGAGAGAAGAGGAUCUGCUGCCUCCCCUGGCCAGCCCGGGGCCUCACGCGGGCCACGCAGGGCCGAUGUCCGGCGGCCACAGUCACGAACGUUCACUGUUGUCCACUUAAGAGAACCUGAGGAGGGUGUGUCAGGCUCCCUGGACCACUUCAUGGCUCGCGGCGCCCGGCAGCCUCGUCUUGCCCGCGGAGACGAGGCCGUGAGGGAGAGCCCGACUGACCCUUGUGUAAAAACUGUAAUGACGAAGUGUUUACCGCGAACCAUUGGAUGAUUGCCAAAGAUUAAAAAGAGUUCAAAUUG